AUGGAAAUGCCAUAUUCAACUUCAUAUUUGUGUUUAACAAACUUUUGCAAGUGCAUCAUUCAACUGUAUAAUGAACCGUACUUGAGAAGACCGACCCAACAAGAUGUGGAGCGCAUAACUGCUAGGCAUUUGGAGGUACAUGGUUUCCCGGGCAUGCUAGGAAGCAUAGAUUGUAUGCAUUCGGGUUGGAGGAACUGUCCAGUGGCAUGGUUCAAACAACGACAUCAACGUCCUAAACGAGUCAGAUUUGUUCGAUCAGUUGCUGGUGAACAAUUUACAAAAGGUUAUUAUCUGGCAGAUGGUAUUUACCCAGAAUGGGCCACAUUAGUGAAGUCUUUUAAAUGUCCCAUGGAUCCGAAGACCCCGAAGUUCAAGCGUUAUCAAGAAGCUGCAAGAAAGGACGUCGAACGGGCAUUUAGGGUCUUCAAGGUCGUUGGGGAAUCAUUGAGAGACACGCGUGUCUGUACAACGUCAAUAAAAUUAAACGCAUCAUGUACUGUUGUGUGA